AUGUUGAGAACAGAGGAGAAGAAGACAGAGCAAGAUGAUUACGAUGUAGUCAGGAAGGUUGGGAGAGGCAAAUAUAGUGAAGUUUUUGAGGGGAUUAACAUUGACAAAAACGAGAAGUGCCUUAUCAAGAUUCUCAAGCCUGUCAAGAAGAAGAAGAUUAGUAGAGAGAUUAAGAUACUUCAGAAUCUCCAAAGAGGGCCAUGUCAAGCUGUUUGA